GGGGGCUCUCCACGAGGCUCACCUGAGCACAAGCAGUUUUGCAGGCAUGAGAAAUCACAGUGAGAGCAACGCUUUUUCACCAUAUGUUAAUGUGAAGAGUGAACAGUAAAUGGUUAAUCUUACUGCGAUCUGGUUCUUAUUAACUGUGGUUUAUCCGGACGUUAAAUUCGGCGUUUCGUUACACCCGAAGGAGAAGGUGACAGUGAAAAAGCGGCAUUAUCAGGUGUUUCAAGUGCUGCAAUGUCAGCUCAAUCCAGCAUCAAGUCGACGCCGCCCAGCGACAAGGGCAGUAAACCGACAUCAAGUAAGCCCACCCAGGCGUUAUCAGGUGUUCCAAGUGCUGCAAUGUCAGCUCGAUCCGGGAUCAAGUCGAUGGCGCCCAGCGACAAGGGCAGUAGAACGACAUCAAGUAAGUCCACACAGGCAAGAGCCAAGGCAGAAGCCGCCAAGGUGCGACUGCAUUACGCCAAACAAGAGGCAGUUUUGAAAAUGAAACUGGCCACCAAAGAAGCCGAAAGGGCCGCCAGACAAAGAGAAGAGGCUGCCAGAGAAAAAGAAAAGGCUGCCAGAGAAGCCGAAAUCCAGAAAGAAAGGGCCGCCAGAGAAGCCGAAAUCCAGAAAGAAAGGGCCGCCAGAGAAGCCGAAAUCCAGAAAGAAAGGGCCGCCAGAGAAGCCGAAAUCCAGAAAGAAAGGGCCGCCAGAGAAGCCGAAAUCCAGAAGGAAAAGGCCGCCAGACAAAGGAAAGCGGCCGCCCGAGAAGCCGAAAUCCAGUUGGAAAUGGCAAAAAUAUCGACAGAGUUGCAAGUGCUGCAGCUAGAAAGAGAAGAAGCUGCUGCCAUGGCGGAAGCAAAGUACAUAGAAGAAGCUGAAGGGUCGCGUGAUCUGACCGCAGCAAGAUCUACUUUAGAAAGGACCAGACUGGAACGCACAAGCGACUAUGUACAAUCUCAAAUAGACAGGCAGGCUCGUCUCCCCUCUCCAUACGUAUUCGAUAACUUCCCCAGCUACGAGGAACCUCAGAGAGUCACGAUUGCAUCACAUCCAUACGAGGAAGGAAAUUUACCCUCACGGCUCCGUGAUGAAGUCAAGAAUGAAAGAACCGUCAACGCUCCUUCACCCCCACAACAGGACGGCGGGGAGGGAGAGGUUCACUCCAGGACAACAAUUGUCAGCUCGAACUGUACAGAAGUUUGCGGUCAAACUCAGUCAAGCCGUUCUUGUUCCGAGAUCUGCCUCACUGAGGUGUACCCUAAAGAAGCACAACAAGACAUUACCAAGCGUAAAGUAACCGACGAGACGCUAGGUCAGUCAGUUUUCGUUCAAACCGAGCACGGAAACAAACUUGCACAAUCAGCUCAAGAUACCAUUUCUUUAAAACCCAAAGACACCAAGGUCUUCAGAGAUGAAGCAAAUAAUGGGGUUGCCCCAUUGCCUAUCAGAGAACCAUGCCAGCGCUCACCAGAUAACAAAGAGCAGGCAGUCAAACGGUUCACGUCCUUACGGAAAACCCGGAAAAGGGAACCUGAGAUACAGCAACGCACCCGAUUGGCCCACGAGGUACUGUGCACCCUAAUGGCAGAGGUCACAGCCAUUAUAAACGCACAAUCAUUCCUACCUGUGUCUUCUGACCCAGAAAACCCCUUUAUACUUUCGCCAUCAACGCUCCUUACGCAGAAGGCAGGAGCACCUCCUCCACCAGGAGACUUCUCAGACAAGGAUUUGUACACAAAGCAAUGGAGACAAGUCCAGGCUCUGGCAAAUCAGUUCUGGCCUCGCUGGAGACAAAAAUAUCUACCUUUGUUGCAACAGAGACAAAAGUGGACAGAACCCCACAGGAAUCUGGCCAACGGCCAGAAUCACUGUUACAUUCCCUAGCGGGGAUGGACAUGUCAGGAAGAUCGAAUUGAAGACUACCGACCAAGGCGAUGUGAAACUUUACCAAAGGCCAGUUACAGAAGUUAUUCUACUUCUACCCAAUGACUGAUUAAGAGACUAAGUUUUGUACUCUGCUCAUUGUGACCUUACGAAGGUCAAGCGGGGAGUGUGCUGUCUUUACGACAGUUAUUUAGUUUAUAAUAUUUUCGCUUAGUAAUUCAUUCAAUAGUAUUUUCUAGUUAGAAUUAGAAGUGUUUAAAGUAUAUUCAUUGCAUGUAAAAUAUAUCGGCAUGCGAUGACGUCACAUCCGGUUUCGCCGUGUCUUGUGGGAAAACACCGGUUUGAAAUUAGCGCGAGGGUGGGGGCUCUCCACGAGGCUCACCUGAGCACAAGCAGUUUUGCAGGCAUGAGAAAUCACAGUGAGAGCAACGCUGUAAGUUAAUAGAUAAUCGAUAUAUUGAACUAAGAUAUUAAUGCUGAUCCUGUUAGAGGUAACGACGGUAGAUAAUGUUUAUGCUUUCGUUAGUUAAAGAGUCGCGGAUAGUUUGCAUGGAAGUGUAUUUAAAGUAGUCAAUGGAGCAGGUUAACUCUCCCUGUAUACUGCACCUUAGUGUAAUGUAGUUAUAGUCACCUUUGCAAGUAUUUACACUUGAAAUGUGAUAUUAAGGAAGGAACAAAUACUGUAUCAAUCUUGUAUUGUUUUAUCAACAGUUUUCACCAUAUGUUAAUGUGAAGAGUGAACAGUAAAUGGUUAAUCUUACUGCGAUCUGGUUCUUAUUAACUGUGGUUUAUCCGGACGUUAAAUUCGGCGUUUCGUUAC